AUGGCUAAGAUAAAAAGUGUAGAUCUGUCCGGCAUGGAGCCGCAUGAAUGUGGAGCCAUACGCAACUACUUCCGAAUCUAUAAUGCUGAAGUGGAGCAGUUCAUGGAUCCGCUGGCAAGUAGCGCUGACCUUGACGAUUCAUAUGUGCAUGUGAACAGUAGAGUACGAUGGCUCGAGAAAGAGCAGCAGGUAAUGAUACCAGAAGCCGAAGAUGAUGCCGAAGGCAUUGAUAUGGGUGUGCUUUGGAGUCGAGAGGAAAAGCAGCUUUUUUUCCAUUAUUUGUCCCGGUAUUCAAUUCAUAGGCUCGACGAAUGGCACUUCAAGAUCGGCACGAAGUCCAGAUUUGAAAUAUUGACAUAUUACUCGAUUCUUGACGAAAAUUUGACGCUGCUGAAGAGGCUCGACUCAAAGAAACACGGCCGAAUUUUGGCCAAACAAGAUAUUCCAAUAGCCUAUGAAAUGGACGAAUUUUUUUGCGAGCUGGAGGACGACUUGAGUCUUUCUCUUCAGCUAGAAAGCCCCGAAGAGAUUUGUACUGCUCAAGAUUUGGACGAUACACUUAUAAGCAACGAAAACUGGUAUAAGCGCUGGUCGCCGCUCUAUUCGAAACAUGGCAUUGAGGAGAUGCAGCCGGCUUGCAGGCUCCCGUUGAAAUUCUCGCGUGACGCAAUGGAAUUCAUGACUCAGUGCGCAAAAGGAUACUUAAGAAGACUGCUGUACUUUUGCGUCUUGCCUAAUUUACAUAUACCACACAUUGAAAGAGAGCAACUCGAUGACCAAGGGGCGCUGCUGGCCCGAUUGACACAUGCGAUGGAAACUGACACCUCCAACAUGUCUGCCACGGGAAACUCGGAGCACGAGCUCCUGGAUAAUUUACCGCAUUUCGUAACGCACAAAGACGUGAUUGGCGGAAUCUGGGCCAUGAGAGAAGAAGGCUUCAUGGCGCCGACGCUUGCAGAGACGAUUUUAUUGGCGCUGGAAAAAUUCAAGCUCACCUGUGAAAAGGGGAAACUGUUUAAAACCAGUCACAUCGCCAACGGCGUGCUGGCAGGCGUUCUGGCUGCUCACUCUAGUAAUAAAGACUUGAUUUUUAAGAACCCUUCUCUCUUGGCACAGCAAGAGACUUCGCCAUGGGAGGAACAGGGAAUUUUGAGCCCCCCACAUAGGAAGCUUUACAACCUUGCAGGGAAAAAAGUUGACGCUCAACUGUUUUUCGAAAACAAAUUAGAAAACCAGCUAGAUAACCCUCUGGAGCUCGAACUUUGCUAUCUUGAAGAGCAAAAUACAGACAGCAAAGAUCUUCAAGAUUCUGCCAUCUACCAGCAUGUCAUGUUGCAGUACCUCUCUGCUGCAUCUCCGGCGGUCAACUAUGAUCUCAAACCGGUCCCACCUCAAGCAUCUGAUGCGAUUCCCAAGUCAGUACUGCGUGAGUACCAGUUUGAGUAG